ACAGUUUUCUUCAAAUUGUUAGAGCACACGUCACUCGUCACCAUAUAUUCCUAAUUACCUAUAUGUUAUAUUCAAUUAAAAUUCUCGAUGUUCGUCACUCACCUUCGCAAGUCACCUCAUUCGUAAAAGUUGUGAUUUAUAAAAGAAAUCAGAAUCGUGUUAGCUUGAAAAUUCAUAUUUGAUUCUACGAAUUAUUUUCCGGUUUGCUAUAGAGUAAAACUAGACAUUUUUAACUAUUUCCUUGUUAUAAUAUUGCGUUCGUAGCAGACUCAAACAUUUUAUGUUAUUCCCAAUAUUUGACACAUUUAAAUUUUGAAAUUCAUAAUGGCUCUCAAAGGAGAUAGUGUGGCAUCUAAAAAGUCAGUAUUCUGGGCGUAUGUGUUCUGGUUAUUCGGAGGUUUAUUUGGCGUGCACCACUUUUAUUUACGCCGCGAUAGACAUGCAUUCGUCUGGUGGUCGACGCUUGGCGGUUUCGGUGUAGGAUGGCUUGGGGAAGUAUUUCGCAUUCCUAGGUAUGUGAGAGACGCUAACGAAGACCCGAAGCACAUGGAGGAGCUUGUUGCAAAAAUGCAUCGCAACAAAAAGCCACCAUUCUCCAUGAAUAGAUUCACAGGAAUGCUAAUGGUUGGCUACUCGUGGGGUCAGAUGAUGAUGUUUGCUGUACCCCCUGAUGAGUUCUGGGGCAUCAAUUUUAGGUAUCUCAAUUACCUGAUACCUCUGGUUGCUGCCCUUGGUGUUUGGACAGUUGGCAACAUUGGUAGUGAACAAGGCAAACUAAAAUGGCCCUUGCUAGCUGCCUACGCUGCGUACCCCAUCCGCUACUACAUCUAUGACGAGACAGUGUGGUUCACACUCAUGGUUCUCGCUGCAGCCUUGGCGUUCGAUUCCUUUUCCAAGGAAUGGCGUCGUACCCCGAGAAAGAAGCAGCCUUUUGUUAGGCGCGUUGUGGUACUGGGCUUGUGCGCUUGUCUGUACCUUUCCCUGUGGUGUGGCUACCUGUACUUCCACGGCACAAUCACCGACAGCGAGGGUGACGAGGUGCCAGUUUAUGAAGCUCUGCAUCACUUCUUCACUAGUCCCUGGUGGCUGGAUGUUAAGCAAUGUCUACUGGACACCUAUCAAUACGCUCAGCAUCACGGUUGGUACGAGGUUUGGAAGCAGAUCAUCGAUUUGUCAGACCCACAUGGAGAACAGAAUGCCUACAAGGUCCUAGGCCUCGGACCAGAAGCUAGUCAGCAAGAAAUCACUUCAACUUGGAGGCGCCUGUCCCGAGAGAACCACCCUGAUAAGGUGAAGGAGUUCCAUCUUCGUCGUGCAGCGCAAGAGAAAUUCAUGGAAAUACAACAAGCGUACGAGAUAUUAUCUAACAGCAAGCACAGAAGGAACCGACGUAACAAGAAAGACAAUUCCGAACCUAGAGGUAACGACAAAAUAGAGUUGUAGUUUCCUUGUACAUACUACCAAAGGCGACUUAGAUAAGUAGAGUAGGUUCUAAAUUUGUAGUUUUUUUUUAAAGAAUUAAUGAGAAUUUAAUUUCAAAUACUAUCUUUAUUAAAUCUGUAUAAUGUACACUCCAAAUAUUAUAGUUUUGGUUUCUUAAACCAUUUCUGAUGUUGUUAAGUAUGGUCUGAUUCCAAUAGUUUAACACGAAACAAUUGAGCAUAGAACAAGGCCAAGGAAGAUUGUGUUAUGUUAUUUGGAAUGGAUUUUAAACACAAGUGUUUAUGAAUAUUGAACAAAUAUAAUAUUGAAUUUAUUAACAAUGUUUGCCUCACAUAUAGUAAUAUAUGUGACAUAUUUAGCGGGAUUUGUUUUUUUUUAUGUAUAUACUACUAUCAUUAUUUUGAAUAUAUUUGUAUUUGAAGGUUGCAUUAUGGCUAUUCUCGAUUUAUAAUUAAUUAAUUGCCUAUUAUAUUUUUAAAACUACAAAAUGCCUGCACGCGAUUUCUAUGUGGUGAAUUUGUAGUUAACGGUUGAUUUAUGAUGUGUAAUAUAUCACAAUUCAGAUUAUUACUGCCUUAAUCUUUUACAAUAGUCAUUUGCUCUAAUUUAUUAUAUUUACAAAAUAUAUCAAGCGGACUAUCUGCUAAAAUGUAUACAAAAUUAUUUAUUCAUAAUAUAUUCUAGUUAAUUAUAUUUACAUCAUUUAGUAUUAGGCCAGUGACUACUAAAGUGCAUUUAUAAACAAUUGUAUUUAAUGGAUCUGGUGAGAAUCUAAAUUGUAAUUUAUUUAGGUAUUUUUUACUUGCAUUUAUAACACGAGACUUGGUACUUAAGAUAUAUUUAUUGGAUAUUAAUUAAUAGUGUUGUAAGUAAAUUAUUUGUUAUUUAUCUAUUUACUGCAUAUGAGUAUAACAUAUUUAAUUAUUCUUUUAUUGUUAUUUGAUAUACAAGUAUUAAUUUGUUCGGAAUGGUAUUAAAACAGUAAAAACCUAAGAUAUUUAAGUUGAAGACCUUGUUGAUAUGAAACAGCAUUUUUUUAUUAUUAUCUCGCCUUCAUAUAAAUUACAGUAAAUCGUGUCUAAAGUAAAUAUAGGUUAUUGUGGGGCCCAUUCUUAAUUUGAACAGUUGGCGUAAGAAUUCAAGUCACUUGACGGAAUUCCUCCACUAUAAGUACCACAUAAAUUGUAGAUAUUCAUUUUAUUUUGAUUUAGUAAAGAAGAGUUGGCUGCAUUUGUUACAAUAACGUCAACAAUUUGAACAAUAUUUUGCGUAUAAACACAAGUCAAACGAUAAGUAUUAAAUAAUUUUGUCAAUAAGUUUUUUAAUUUGUGUAAUACUUUGGUACCAGAAUUAUUACAAAACAAAAAGUAUUAUCAUAACCAAUUACUAUAAAAUCAAACUUUUAGGGAUUCAUUUUUCCUUUAUUUUUGCAUAAUCAAUAGGAAAACCAUGAAAUAAAAUUUAAGACAAAUACACUUGUUUUUGUUAGUUGUGUUAUUUAUUGCCAGAUCUAAGAUAAAUGUAAAAAAUAUCUAGCAGUACAUCACAAAAUAAUAUUGGUGUAGCUGCAUUUGAAAAAUAUUUUUAGUUAGUAAAAACUUAUGUAACAAACAGCACCUUAUUUUGUUCAAUAUCAAAAUAGUAUGAAUAUUUAAUAUAGCGCAGACCCGGAGUGAUUUGAGUUCUAUUGUAGAAUAUAUUUUUAAUCCGUUAAAUUUAUUAAAAAACGUAAUACCCUCUACAUUUUUUUUAAUACCAAGAGCUAAAUAUUUACACUCAACAAUAUUUUUUUAUACCAUAUUUUCACAUAUCUACUUUCUUAUUUCAUUAAUCGUUUAAAUUAUGCUCUAUGAUGUCAUUUAUUUAUCUUAGGAAUAAGGGAGGAAAGUAUGCAUUUAAAUGUACUUAAAAAUCGUAUUAAUUUCUUACCCCCUUAUUCAUAGACGUUUUUAAUCUAAGGACGGAGUAAAGCUGUGAUAACAAGUAGCUAAUAUUGAGAUACAACAAUAUUAGCCAAUGACUACGGCCCAUAGGGCCGUCCGCCAUAGGGCUACGCGCUGUGAAUGCUGCCAUGCCGUCAGCGCUGAGAAACAGACUUGUUAUCACAGCUUUACUCCGUCCUCAGAUAAAAAACGUCUUCGAAUAAGGGGGUUAGAUUCUAACACAGAUAAACUGCCAUCAUUACUAUAGUGGAUCUGUAAAUUUUUAUCUAUAGUUUCAUGCAUAUUGUCUAUGCACAUAUGUAUUUUGAUAAGCGAUUUUUUUGUAUGAAGAAAUGUUCUAUUUAACAUUAAAAGAUUUUUGUUUUGUAUUUAUAUAAGGACAAAUAAAGGAUUACUCGAUCAAUA